AUGACAGAUGUGACCCCUCCAAUGUACGCGGAAUGUCCCUCGCUUCUCGUGUUCUACGCAGACAAGUUGCACGAUUUCACCACAGUAAACUGGCAGGCACCUCUUCACUCUGACAACGCUGGUUUGGCAGGCACAUUCGCAAGACAAGUGCGUGGCCCAUCACUGGAGAUCACUUGUCACAGUCUAUACCCACGCCCAUACACGAAGGUAGAGUGUCCGGAUGGCAGGCGCUUUGGCUCCCAGUGUGACUUUACGUGUCAGGAAGGGGCAUCCCUCAAAGGCAACAGCAUCGCCCAUUUGGAAAAAAAAAGUUUACUCCCCAGUGCUCCCGAGCACGGUGCGCUCUCUUGCGACACCUGGGCAGGAGGAGCAUACUGCGUGUUGCAGUGCGAAAAGGGAUACGUGGUCCAUGAUUCAGAGUUCGAUCCUCUUCUGACGUGCAGCGACAUCAGUGGCGUGUUCUCAAACGUUAAAAAUGAUGGAAAAUUGCCACCAUGUACAGCAUGGGAACCGGAUCCGUUUUUCAAUUACCAGCUUGAUGAGUACUAUUACUUUGAUGGCGAUUGUUGGGCUGCCAAAGAGCAGAUCAAGCAGAACUUCAUAGCCGCCCUUUUAUCCAGUCUGGGAAAUGUGUGCACAGCGACAAACUGCAAUGCUUCUUAUGUUGAGGUCUACUGUUUCAACGAAACUCAUCAAGCAAGGGAACGCCGGUCAGUAUCAAAUACUCUGACGGUAUCUGUGAUACUGACUGUGUCUGGCGAAGGUCAGAACAAACUUUCGCCUACUGAUGCCAUUAUGAUGCAGGAACAAAUAUAUCGAGCAAGGGCUGAAAGCAACGCAAGUCUCGAGAUAGGACUCGGACAAUACAUGCAAUUAACCUCUAUACAUGUUUCUAAUCCCGAAGUCACGUGCCAACUUGGAUCGAUUGCGGACAGUGUAAUGCUUGCGUGUGUCCAUUGCUCGAUCGGGACAUACCAUGACAUCGACGCAGGUCAAUGCAGACCAUGUCCGAAGGGUCAGUACCAACCCAUAUCAAAACAAACAACGUGUAUUGAAUGUCCUACACGUACGACCACACGGACAAAUGGCUCUAUUGACGCCAAUCAGUGCUUUGAACCGGAGGACUACGAUUUGACUAUUGGAGAAUGGGGGUGUUUGUCUAGAUGGACCCGACACCUUCACUUGCACGUGCAAGACUGGUUUGACGGGUGA